AGUGAAGGGGGGUUUGAUGGGGGUGGGGAGUGGUUAGCUCUUGCUGACUGCCUGUAUAUAGAGAAGACGGAGUCUGACAGAGCAGAUCCUGUGAGAGAGUGAGGAACAAACUUUUACUCCAGCCUUCUCUACCUGUUAAACUUCCUGAGCAAAACAUCGGCAAAGCUCUGCUGGUUUUCUAUCGGAUUACAAACCCAGGAUUUCUCUCUGUAACUCAAGAUUUAUCAUGAAGCUCUUCCUGUUGUCGGUGGUGGUGCUGCUCCUGGUGGUGGCAGAGAGCACCGCUGAGAGAAUCAAGUCUAGAAGGACCAAGAGGGAGCUUGCCAGUCCACUCCACGUUGGUGGCAUCAGGGACCCAUUUGGCUCGUACUGCCAGAGAAGAGGAGGAUGCUGCCCCGGCAGAGACGACCAGUGCACAGUGCCGUACCUGGACACCAUCUGCUACUGCGACCUGUUCUGCAACCGCACUGUCUCCGACUGCUGCCCUGACUUCUGGGGACACUGUCUAGGCGUGAAGCCACCUUUUAUUGGCACCUGCGAAAGGAAUGGAAACCAGUUCUUUACAGGGCAAACAUACAAAGAGAACUGCAAUUUAUGUACGUGCGGGACCACAGGACGCUGGGAGUGUGAGGCGCACGCCUGUCUGAUGGACCCUGACAUGAUCCAUGCUGUCAACAGAGGAAACUACGGGUGGAAGGCAGCUAACUACAGUCAGCUCUAUGGCAUGACUCUAGAUGAGGGCAUCCGGUACCGCCUGGGGACGCAGAGACCCUCCAAGACUAUUAUGAACAUGAAUGAGAUCCAGAUGAACAUGGAUCCUCAGAGUGAACGUCUGCCUCUCUACUUCAACUCAGCUGAGAAGUGGCCAGGAAAGAUUCAUGAACCUCUGGACCAGGGCAACUGUGCUGCAUCCUGGGCUUUCUCAACUGCAGCUGUGGCAUCAGACAGAAUCUCCAUCCAGUCGAUGGGUCACAUGACUCCUCAGCUUUCCCCCCAAAAUCUCAUUUCUUGUGACACACGCAACCAGGGAGGCUGUGCUGGGGGACGCGUCGAUGGAGCCUGGUGGUACCUCCGCCGUAGAGGAGUGGUGACAGAAAACUGUUAUCCAUACCGACCCCCACAGCAAACCCCAGCAGAGGUGGGCCGCUGUAUGAUGCAGAGUCGCUCCAUUGGGCGGGGGAAGAGGCAGGCCACACAGCGCUGCCCCAACACACACAACUACCAAAACGACAUCUACCAGUCCACACCGCCUUACAGGCUGUCAUCCAAUGAAAAGGAGAUCAUGAAGGAGAUCAUGGAUAAUGGCCCCGUGCAAGCUAUUAUGGAGGUCCAUGAGGACUUCUUUGUCUAUAAGAGUGGGAUCUACAAACACACUGACGUCAGCUUCACCAAACCGCCACAAAACCGCAAACACGGCACACACUCCAUCAGGAUCAUUGGGUGGGGAGAGGAAAGAAACUAUGAUGGGACAUCAAAAAAAUAUUGGAUCGCUGCCAACUCCUGGGGAAAGAACUGGGGAGAGAACGGCUACUUCCGCAUCGCUCGCGGGGACAAUGAGUGUGAGAUUGAAACAUUUGUGAUCGGUGUGUGGGGCAGGAUCACGAUGGAGGACAUGCACAACCAUCAUCACCAGCACCGUCGUCGACACAUUUAGAGAUACAACAGAUGUUAAAACUUCACCUAAACAAGACCUUUGGUUUUAAUUCCACCUAUAGUUGUUUUUGCUUUUUUUUUUCUACCCCAGAGGAGAACCACACCAAGAGUCUCAGAGCUUCAGCUUAUUCCCUUAGCCAUCAAGCUUUGGGGAUCAAUAAAACCUGUCUUCUCCUCCAUCUUUACCCUUUUAAGAGACCAAGCCUUCCCACUCUCCCUGUAACUCAAGAUUUAUGGCACCAAAAACAAAGAAAAACUCAACUAAGCUAAACAUCUUCUAUGUUGCCUUACACUCAGGUACCUACUGAUCCAAAGACCACACUUUUCAGAAUCCUCAGUAUAAACAGAUGACCUCUGGUGAAACAUGUUCAUAAUCUGAUCUUUUUUAUUCUUCCUUGUGCUUCUUUGUCAACCCGAAGCUGUAGUCUUUUUCUGACUCUAAAUCUAUAAUCCAGACAGACCUGAUUUCAGAGGGAGGAUCUUGGUAAAGAGGAAAUAUGAGAGCCAGAUUAUCAGACAUCAGACCCUUUCAGAGAGACACACCCAGCUGAACCAUGUAACGUGAUCGUAUAUCACAGAUGACCUUCCCGUCGUUUACCUGUCACGUACACAGACACGGCUCAGCUCAGUUUUAGAGAGGACACUGGUAGAGCGUUAGGUGGUAGAGUUUCUCACACCUUCCAGUCAAAACGUAGAAUCUGAGACUGGAAACAGAGAGAGAUUUAAUGUGGAGUUUACAAAACCUUUAGGACGAUUUACAACCCCAUUGGACAUUUUAAAGCUAUUUAAUAAUCUUCUAUCUUCUACGUGUUUAUACUGGGAAAGACAGUGUCAGUAGUUAAGAUUAGACAUGCAUUUUCUGGUCUUAUCUGCAGGUGAAAUAGAUAAAUUUCAGUCAAACUAGAUUUAAAAAGUCACCAUAAACAACGAUAUACACAUAAUGAGAAGCCAUGCUGCCAUUUGGAAACUGUGUUAUUUUGAAAAAACAAAACACUCGUGCGUUAGGGGGUAAAAAAAACAAAAAGAUUGUAAUGCCUUAAAGAAACAUUUAUUUUGACCACUGCAAAAGAAAGUAUUUGUGUAUAGUAGUCUUAACUUUCUCUCUUCUGUGUACACUGUUACAAUUUGUGCUAAAGGUGUUAUUUUUUGUGUUGCAGUUAUUCUGACUGUGCUUCUACAUAGUUGUAACAGUUUUGUGAGCGAUGAGGAUAAAGGAGGGCGGUUCUGCUGCUAAAUUUCAGUCUGUGCUUCAGAAUUUGACUACAGAGUCGUUAGUUUCAUGCAUUUCAUAUGUGAUAAACAUGUAUAGAACCUUAUAACUAACACACAAAAAAAACAUUUUCAAGUCACACAAGUUUCAAAUGAUCUAUCUGCCUUUUUGUUCUCGUCUGUAUUGUUUUCUGCUGAAAAAUGUAACAUGUGUCAGCUUAUCAGCUCUGUGCCUGUCUUUGCCAAAGUACCACAGCGCUUUAUGAUGUCUUUAUUUUAACUGGUUGCAGGCUGAUUGAGGGAUUUUCAGAUCAGAGGCACGGCCUCACUUAAAAAGGAAAGCAUGAACUAUUAUUAUCGCUUACCUUAAAUUACAUCCCAAUGUGCUUCAUCUGUAACUUCAAAAGGCUUUUUCCAUUUCUAUAUCACCGUGUCUUGUGAUCUUUAAGGUCCCUGCAUCAUCUCCGUCAGGCAUGGAUAGGCAGAUAGACAUAAAAGCUAAAAGCAAUGUCUGGAUGGAAAGGCAAUGUGCAAUGUGGUGAAGGGGAUGUAGAUAGAUAAGCAUUAUUAUUGCAUGUUUUUUAUGCAAUGAGAUGAAUCAUUGCUUUCAUUCGAAGUGAGCGAGGGCAGGGAACGAUGAAGAGCAGCCCGUCAACAUAAGAUGCACAACAGGUUUACAAUAAUGACACCAAGGACAAUGUGAAACUAAGCUCUUCACUCUCUGAAGAGUGAUUAAUCUUCUGUCGGCAGAUAGAAAGAGAUUAGUCGUUUAUAUAUUUUCAUCUGUGGUUUUGUUGCUAUAGCUCCUUUACAAGAGAGAAAAAGAUUAAUGGACAAAACUUCAGUUGCUAGAUUGGUUUACGUUGUGUUGCAGUCCUCACUGAAAGUGCACAGAUUUGUUUGUUUAAUUACAAUUUCCUCAUAUAUUCACCAGUGAAGUUGGGAAACAUUUACUAUUAAUUUAAGUCAUUUAGGCUUGCAUGAUACGAUGAAUAUAUAGAAAAGAGGAGUAAAGGAAAUGUUCUUAGACAACACGCGCCACAUUAUUUAUGAUCAUUUUCAGAUAAAUGUUUAGAGGGGACCAAUAAAAACCAUAUCACUAAAGAUUUUCUGCAACACCCAGAUCGGUUCCAUAGAAAUUGAUCUCACUUUCAGCAACAGUUUUCUCUAACUACACAACCUCUCCUUCAAAGACUCACCAGGAGCUGCAGCAGACAUCCACUCAGAAGUUGUGUAUUUUAUGUAAAAUGAACCACCUCCAUAUUCAGUCAUGUGUAGACUUUAUUUAUAAAAAAAAGAUGUGUAAAUGAUAUACUUUUAUUCUUUGCCUGUGUAAUGUUUUAUUAUCUCUCUGUCUCUUGUAUUGUGUUCACUUGCAAUACCACAUUACUGUUCACCUGUGCAGCCCAAUAAAGUCUUUCCAAAACCA